AUGUUAUUUACAAAGGGAUUAGCUUUGAAAGCAAUUUUUUUUUUCAUUUUUUUAAUGGUAGAUGCUGAUUUCACUGUCACACCUAGAUCGGUAAAGGAUAGCUACGUGAACGGAACAUAUGACGGAGAAUUUCAUGUCAUUGGAGCUAAAAAUUUCGAAUCUGAAGCUUCAGAAAUAAAGUACGUUUGCAUCUGUCAGCCAAUUCAUGAAGAUGUAUCUACUCUUUCUUCAAGCUCUUCGGUCAGUAGCGAAAUAUCGUCGAAUACUGAAGUAGAAACUGAGUCUUCUUCUACGCACUAA